AUGCAAGAGGAGCAACAGCCUGAGGCUGCUGCAGAUCCAGUGUCGUCCUCUGAUGCACCAGAAGAUGGCCCAAAGGAAUCAUCAAGUGUAUCGCAGAAUAUCUCCGAUGCAGAUGCAUUUAAAAUUCUUUUGGAGAUGAAGAUGAAGAAAAGGCAGAAAAAACCUGCUUUACCAAGCACCGUGACUGAGCUUGACACUGAGGAUGGUUCUAAAGUAUAUGUGGUUGGAACAGCCCACUUCAGUGACAGCAGCAAAAAGGAUGUAGUGAAGACAAUACAGGAAGUGCAACCUGAUGUAGUUGUGGUGGAACUAUGCCAGUACAGAGUCUCUAUGUUAAAGAUGGAUGAAAAAACAUUACUCAAAGAAGCCAAAGAAAUAAAUCUGGAAAAACUUCAACAAGCUAUAAAGCAGAAUGGAGUCAUGUCUGGACUGAUGCAAAUGCUGCUUCUGAAGGUUUCUGCUCACAUCACAGAACAGCUGGGAAUGGCCCCAGGAGGAGAAUUCAGGGAGGCUUUCAAAGAGGCCAGUAAAGUACCUUUCUGUAAAUUCCACCUUGGAGACCGACCCAUCCCCAUUACAUUUAAGAGAGCAAUUGCUGCACUUUCUUUCUGGCAAAAAGUCAAGCUUGCCUGGGGCCUUUGCUUCCUAUCUGACCCAAUCAGUAAAGAUGAUGUGGAGAAAUGCAAGCAGAAGGAUUUACUGGAGCAGAUGAUGGCAGAAAUGAUUGGAGAAUUCCCUGAUCUUCAUCGAACGAUUGUCUCGGAACGGGAUAUUUACUUGACCUACAUGCUGAAGCAAGCAGCAAAGCAGAUAGAACUACCUCGAGCUUCUGAAG